CCCGGUUCCGAAUACCCGCAGUUCUUAUUCCAGGUAGUCUGUAGUUCCGUAGCUGUUGAAGCUUCGAGCAGUUCGGGAUAAGGUAACGCUAGGUAUACACGUAAACGUAAGCGACUCAGUGACCAUUGGUAGCUUCCGCCCACGAGAAGUUCCUCCCAUUGGUUGUGCGCCGUGACAAUACAAGAUUUUGACGUCUGGCUCUGCGGCCGCAUAGGUCAUAUGAUCCCAUCAUUCAGCGGGCUGAAAAACUUAGAAAUUAUCGACGAGCCACACUUCUGUCAGAGGUAUCACUGUGUCUCGCUUAUACUGAAGUGAGCCGGCCGCUAACAAGACACUGGAAGACACUCGUCAACGAAGUCAGGAUGUCCUUCUUCGGUGUAAACGUGAAUCCCUUCUCGACGCCAGUCGGCCAGAGGAUAGAACAAGCCACCGAUGGAAAUUUACCCAGUGAGAAUUGGGCACUGAACAUGGAAGUCUGUGACAUUAUAAACGAAACAGAGGAUGGACCGAGAGACGCUAUAAAGGCCAUUAAGCGCAGAUUGAGUCAAGCUGCUGGAAAGAACUACACCAUAGUCAUGUACACCUUGACUGUCCUGGAAACAUGCGUGAAAAACUGCGGAAAGCGUUUCCACGCUCUGGCCUGCUCCCGUGAAUUCGUUCAGGAGCUGGUCAAGCUGAUUGGUCCAAAGAACGAGCCGCCUACAGCUGUUCAAGAGAAGGUUCUGAGUCUGAUUCAGACCUGGGCUGACACGUUUCGUCACCAGCCUCACACACAAGGUGUGGUUCAGGUAUAUCAGGAACUGAAGAUCAAAGGUAUCCACUUCCCGAUGACCGAUCUGGACACUAUGGCGCCCAUCAUCACGCCCGAGAGAAGCGUACCCGAAUCUGAGCAAAAUCUCGGAGGAAUUCCGACACUAGAACAGACUCCGGCUGCACCGUCCACGACUCCGGCGCAUCAGCCACCAAUACAAACCUCCAGUCAGCUGGCAGAAUUGACGGAGCAGCAAUUGGCGAAGUUACAGAGCGAGCUGGACGUUGUCCAGGGUAACAAGUUAGUGCUCGCAGAGAUGCUGACCUAUCUCACCAGUCCCGAGCAAACUGCAAAUCAGCAGCCAGAUGCUGCCGACAUCGAGCUAUUAACGGAACUUCAUUCGACGUGCAAAGCCAUGCAAGAACGUGUCGUCGAGUUAAUCGGUAAACUUGCGCAUGACGAAAUGACGGCCGAGUUGCUUCGCGUGAAUGACGACCUGAACAACCUGUUCCUUCGUUACCAGCGUUACACGAAGAACAAGGUAAUUCCAGCUAGUGCCAUUCUGGCACAGACGAUCGGACAUCCGCCGAAUGUCCAGACGACGACCCCUAUACGUAACAAAAGAGAGGCAGACUCUUUGAUCGACCUGUCCGACGAGGCGGAGGCUAUCGAGAAACAUCUAGCAGAAAUAGCCAUGACGGACGAUCCCGACAGCAGCAGAAUCGAGAGCAAGGAGAAGGAGGGUGAUAGCGAUGAAUUUGACAUGUUCGCCCAGUCUCGUAAGGCCACUUACGAAACGACGAAAAACAGCGGCAGCAAGUACGAGGACAAUAUGGAGCAGGUGAGCGGAGAUGGUCUAAGUACAGCGAUUCUCAACCGCAGUAACAAUAAGUAUCCCCAGCAGACUGCUUCGACAGCUGUUGUUGUUGCUGCUGUUGCUUCUACCACUGCUGGCACUACCACUACUACCACUACCACCGCUGCUACCACUACGUCUACUACUCUGAACAGGGAAUCAGAAUUCAAUGAGAUGGCAGCGUGGUUGGAUCACACGCCAGGCGCUCAAGGAGAUCAAGAAUCCCUGACGUCGUCCGAAUUCGAAAGAUUCCUGGCGGAACGUGCAGCGGCCGCGGAAGCUCUGCCAACGCUUCCCACGGUGACAGCUGCACCGAGUACAACCACCUCCGGAAAUCCGAAUAUCCAGCGUCAAAUCAAUAAGGAUCAGGACAAAUCUCUGUUUGCCCUAUAAAUCUUUGGGACGGGUUUGAUUCCUAUUAACUUACGUCACCGAUGACUUCUACUGAUAAUUUCUACUGAUAAUCAAGCGGCAUUCGCCGAUACCACGGAUUCUUCCUUCACUCUCUGGCCAAACGUCAAGAGAGACGCCUGAUGCCUGAGAGUGUGAGAGAGAUGAGAUAAAUGGUCGCGUGUGUCCGUGUGCAAUGCGUGAGAGAAAUUACGUCGAUUCGUGCUUUUACGUACUUACACACUCUAACUGACGAGUCGAAGAAACGCCUCCUUCUAGAUUACGUUAUUAGCUUUUCCAUUUCGCCUUCUAAUCUCUAACCCUGCCGUAUUUGUCUUUCCUCCGGCAGUGCUGUCCACGUGACUUGAAAAUCAGAAGGGGCCCAUUAGUGACGAGCACUGACAUCCGCGGCAGUCGGAUAUACUAAUUUAUAUUGCAUGUAUGUACAUAGAGGAGCGAUGCACGAAUGUAACCAACGUGUCAUUUACCCAGCUGUAAUUUAUUUUGGGAUCGAAGAAGAUACUUUGGAUUGGAUAAAUCGUAAUCGUGGCCCGUCGCAAGAAUCAAAGAAUUUGUUACUUGCGCAUCGUAGAGCGCAUGCACUCCAAUCUAUUGAAAUACCAAUAGUCCCGUCGCUGAUCGAAGUAUUUUUUAUCAUUUCUGAGUAACAAAAUGACUAAGUGAACAGUGUCAACCAUUUACGAUGAAAACAUUUUGUAUAGGGUUAUUGAAUAUUGCAUUACAUAAAAUUAUGUGCAUAGAUAAACAUAUAUAGUAUACAUAUAUACGCAAAAACCACAAGCACGCGCCCGUGAUUAGAAAUAUAUUAUUAUUGUUACUAUUAUUAGAAUUAACAUUGAGAAAUGCAUAUCCACUGUGCGAUGGGUGCAUCUUUGUGACACGACGAUGAUAAGAGAAUUUAUUGGUAUAUGAGUCUCGUUUUGGAUUCGCCGGGAAACAGUUCAGCACGAUCAAUCGGAUUUCCUUAGAUUUCUGGAUGCAUAUAGCUAUGCACACAAUUAAUGGGAGCUGCGCUGUUAAUUGUACAAACGAGCGCAGAACAAAAGUUACAUAAUGCCAGUGCUUAUUUUACUGUAGGCCAGUUAUAUAUUUUUUUCUUCAUUUCCACGUGUUUAGCAUUCUCGUCCUACACGAGUUUUGUCAUAAAACUUGAAGCAUCGACGCGCACACUCUUGGCCUCGCGUGUUUACGAUAAAACGUGCGUUUGCUUCCUACUUCCCGCCCCCCUCUCUCUCUCUCUCUCUCUCUCUCUUUCUUAAGCAACUUAUUUUAAUUUUUUCGAUAUUAUACGUCUGAAGAUAUCUCCAAUUCAUGUAUGGAAUUAUGCGAGAGCUGCAUACUGCAUAGAUAACGUAUUAAGAUUGCACGGUGCUCAAGGUUAAUUGCUGUAUUCACGAAAAUACCGCGGUAGAAUUCCACGUUAGACUUUCCUAUACCAGUUAUUAAAUAUCGACUUCUCGUAUACUUCUCAUUGACUAACGUUAACCGUGUCCUGACGUACAUUUCUAUGUCUUCUUUCGAGAAGAAAUUGUGCGACCCCUCUGUUCACGAAUAUCAUUCCGGCCAUAAAUACCCAUGUCCAACAAAGCCAGUAAUACAUUCGGGGGACUCGGUAACAAGAAGACAAGGCCAAAGCGAUAAUCCCAAAAUGUACGAAAGGAGAGAAAGAAUAGAAUAGUAAUAAUGUGCAAUGCAAUUUUAAUUGAAAUUCAAUUGCCAAGGACACUUUUUUGGAUCCGAGAGCAUUGAAGAAACUAAGAAGUCACUGCGAAAAAAAAUCUUUAAAAAAAAACUUUUUUAGUGCUUGCAGUUUUAUCAGACUUUUACAUUUUACGUAGAUGCACCUAACGUUUCUGUUACGUUUGUCCUCAAGUUCCAUUCCGUAUGUCCGAGUUGAAAAUAAAUAAUAUGAUUAACGUGUGGAGACGCAGUGUAGCUCUCGCCAGGCACAGAUCGAUAAAUAUUUCAGAUGCAACAGCUUAUUAGUCAAUCUCGCUGACCUACCGGGCCAAGAACGUUUUGUUUUAACGCGAGAGCACUUCUCUAUUCUUAGCGUGAUCGCGAAGAAAAACAAGAUGCAAGAACGAAGAAACGAGGCGAUUUGCAAUUGGAAAUUCUUCUCGGAGCAACGCAACGAACACAUCUCGGAUGGCUCAAACAAAAAAGGGGAGGUUCUAUUCCAAUUUCCACACGAGACACAUUAAUUCAUCUUGUAUUUUCGGUGUAUCGCUUUUAACACGAGACGCGUAAUACAUAUUAUUUAUACCAAUAAAAGAGAAUUAGUGUCGUAA